CCCGGCCAAGACAUUUCAAACGCACCCUCCCCGUCGUCGGGCUGCUGCUGCGACCCUCCUGCUGCAACGACUUCCCUGCUGGGCGGCCUUGCUCACCACGAAGCCUUCGCUGCUCUUUAUCGUGGCAACCCUCGUCCCACCAUAACCGAGCCGAGAAGAACCGACUCAACCCACCGCAACUCGCCGUGCAGUUGACUCUGAUCGAUUUUGAGCUAUCCGUGCCCCGCCUCGUCCCAGGCCACCACCAUUCUUGCAACAGCCAUGUCGAGCGACUCUGAAUCACUACCGCCAUCUCAGCGCAGAGUCUCGACGCGGAUCCUGUCACAGCGAAGGCUUGCGUCGGCCUCCCCUUCGUCUCCAGCGCCGGCAGCAACACCCAGGACCAAGCCAGUCUCAUCAGCGCGACCAACGCCAUCGAAAGCAGCGACGAGCUCCGGCAGAAAGAGAGCUGUGCCUCCAGCUCUUCCUCACGACACUGAUGAAAGCGACCAAGACAUCGGCGAUGACGACGCCAGUGUCGCACAGAGCCCGCCGUCAUCGUCACCGCCAACACAUACCACUCAAGCGAGUGACACCCCUGAAAUGACAUUGAUGGAGUCGCUCCUCGUUCCCGGUAUCGCCCUGAACCUGGUCGUGUCCGAAUGGAGUGACAGCUUCUCCCACAACGAGGACUCUGCCUUGAUCGAUCUGAUUCAGUUCUUGAUCGAGUCAUGCGGUCUAAAAGUCUCCAAGGACAAGAUUGUUUUGGACGACGAUGACGCCGUCCCCCAAAUCGUCCAAAGCCUGGUGGACGAUAUCGAAUCGAAUCAGCAGCUUGAAGACUAUCCACUGAUCGUGAAGGGCAAGGGUAAGCUUGCCGGCGCAAAGUUCAGAAGAGUCUUUGGCGAGUUCUGGCUCAAGUGGGCGGCAAAGGUCAAGGCUGAAUUCACCAAGGACGAGACUUCCCUGGAGAAACUCAAAAUCUGGGUGAUCACAAUGACAUCGUCCAUCUUCCGACCCAUCCGUCAUACCUCGGUUGUGGCUGCACUUGCCAUCCAAUCUGCCCUGUGCGAGGCCGCCAAGGCUGUGCACAAGGAGUGGGUUGUUUGCAACAAGCAGCUCGAGACCGAGAGCACCAAACCAGCCGGCUCCAAGCGAGCCGCCGCAUUUACCGAGCGCUCGGCCGAGCUCCAUCGUAAGAAAGUACAGUAUGAAAUGCACAUCAACGACUUUUACACUAGCGUGUUUUCGCAUCGCUAUCGAGACAUUGAUGCCAACAUUCGUGCCGAGUGCAUUCACCACCUUGGCCAGUGGAUCCUCUCGUAUCCCGAGCUCUAUCUCGAGGGCCAGCACAUUCGCUACCUCGGCUGGCUCCUCUUUGACAAGGAACCGCAUGUUCGCUCCGAAGCUAUCCAGUCCCUGGCAAAGCUCUUUGAGUCAAACAACAUUGAGGUCACCAGCGGCCUCCUGCCCUUUGUCGAGCGCUUCAAGUCUCGGCUUCUCGAGAUGGCCUUCCGAGACAAGGACUCCGGAGUCCGUCUGAACGCCGCAAGCACUCUGGUCCAGAUUGCACUCGGCGACAUGCUCGAUAAUGACACCCGCGACCAGCUUCUGCAGCUUCUCGUUGUCGAUGACCGCAAGGUCAAUAGCCAGAUCGCCAAGCUGGCAGCCAAGACCCUGAAGGACGACUACAUCGAGCCCAAGGUGACUUCCAUCAAAGGCAGCCGAUCGCGGGCCAAGCUCAACCGCCAGUGGAUUGAACUCAAGUGUGUAGCGGUGUUCCUUGCCAAGCUCCUGGAUGGCGUCCAAGAAGGCAGCGAUUCUCAGCGCCUUUCCGACAGCGGACCGAGCCUGCCCAGAGAAGCAAGCGCAGGCUCAGACCCGCGCCGGUGCGAGCAGCUAGAGUUCACUCGCUGGCUCACGGAGAUUCGUGGCGAGGGUGCUUCGAUGGCGUACCACCGGAUCAAGAUCGCUGUCGAGUCGCUCUACUCGAGCAUGGAGGCUCUCCAGGACUGGCACGCUAUGGCCAACUACCUGUCCAAGGACCUGACCCUGUCAACCGACGAUGAUCCUGAAAAUGAUCCGUAUGCUCUCUCGGAUAGAGAAGAAACCGCGUUGGUUUGCAUGCUGAGCGCUUCUGUUGAGCUGCUUCUGACCGACCGAGACACUGGGUUGUGGGAUGACCGCCGCAUGGAACUCAGCCGCGACAUGGUCAAGGCCGUGCCUCAGCUGGUGCGCAAAUACGCCACAGACUUCUCGGCUCUUGGCCGCAUUCGCAUCACCGAGGUGCUUUGUCUGGUUCGAUCGAUCGACUUGAACGUUUACUUUGAGCUCCGCCAGGUUUCGACAUGCGAAGCUCUCUUCGAUGACAUUCAGAGCAUCCUCAUGAAACACGCAAGCGCCCACGUUAUUUUCGAGUGCGGUCGCGCCUUGAUGUUCCUCGCGGGUGACCAGACCCUUCGUUUUGGAACGGUGCACUCCUCCAGCUCGGGCACUAAACGCACAGCCAAGAGCAAGUUGGCUGAGGACGGUGCCGACGACGCCAGCUCGUCGGCUGUGACUGGCCUGCGAGAAACCAUGAAAACCAAGGUUGAAGAGCUUGUAGAGCAUAUUGUCAAUGACCAAAUGAUGACCAGGGCCAAGUCUCUGCACAAGACGCUCAAGGCACACGGCGAUCUGGACGAAGCCGAUUUGUUUGGCUUCCGCAAUGUGCUCGUCCGGCUAGAUCAGCUCAUGUCCCUGGUCGAUCUGGAGUCCAUCAACAUUGUUGCAAGUGACGACGUGACUACUACGGAAGCCGACGAAAAGUAUUUGCACUCGGGGCUAUUUGGCGCGGUCGAUUUCUGUCUCGGCGUUGGUCUGCUGAUCCGCAAUCAAAACGAGGGCGGCGUCGUUGUCCAGAUAUCCGACGACUCGCUCGGCUCGGCUAAUGAAGUGAUCGAGGAUAUCAUCGAGCUGACUCUGCGAAUCCUCGCUGUCCAAACUACUUGGGAUCUCAAGAAGCUCUUCUCAACCAUUUCCCCGGCUCCCAACACUGCCGGAACGGCUGCGGAAACCGAGAAUACUGAUGGGCCCGAGAAAGCCGAGCUGUCGGCGAAGGAAGUCGAGGCGCUGGCCGAAACUGUCCACAAGAAAACGAGCCGCCUUGUCAGCACUGCCGAGAGCUUGCUUCUCGGCAUCGACCAAACCGUCUUUGGCCUCAAGCUGCGUCGCGGUGCCGUCGAUGUGCUGCUCCAUUUUUACUCCGUCCUGAACUCCAAUCUUGUCGAAGCUUACCCCGAUAUGCGCCAUGUCGUUGCCGACGAUAUCCAACCCGAAAUCUCCCGGAUUCUUUCUGCAUACGUCGACUUUUCGUCAUUCCCGGAACCAUCCGGUAGCUCGACCGAUUCUGGACCGGCUGAUGUCCUCGGGCUUGCUCGCCGGCUCGACUCUGAGGCCCGCGAAUCUGCUCGCCAGAUGCUUUUGCGGACCACAGGAUCGUUCUCGAACUUGAUCAAGCUUGGUGUCCUCUCGCCCGCGAAUGCUUCGAUUCUUGUCCGGUAUAUGCACGUUGGUCCUUUGGUUAGCUCCAAGGACGGUACCGCGGUCCUGGGUGGGCCGUUGGUUGACGUAUUGGGCCCUGUCUGGAACAGCUUGGGCGAAUCGGUCCUGAGCAUCCUCAUCGGCCCCUAUUUGUCCAAGGCGGUGGAAAUGCUUGAACAAGACGAAGCGCACCUCCGACCAGAGUUUGAUCGGCUUCUGGAUGCCCUGCAUGACGCCAUCGUCGACGGCCUUGAUGGGGCCCUCGAUUUGCACUACAGCGGUCGGGUGCGCUCGACAGACCCGUCGUUCCAGACGGCAAAGGCAAUCGGCACCAAGGUCAAAGCUGCCUUCUUGCACAUAUUCAUGCACUCCAAGCACCCCUCCACGAAGAGCGCUCUCGCCGCCACGCUCCUGCGGGUGAUCAAGUCAGGCUCGGGCCGGGUUGUUCAGAGACUCCUGGACAGCAUCCGCCGGCGCGAAGAGGCCGACAAUUCACUCGUGAGCUCCAUCCAAGAGGACCAAGCCGUGCCCCCCGCAAUCGACGACGUUGGCGGUGCCUGGAGAGUGUGGGGAGUCCUGGCUGCGGUCGUGCAGCAGCUGCUCCAAGACCCCUCUGCACCCCUCGUUGUUGAAACCCAAGACGAGCCGCCAAUCUCCUCGGUUGAUGACAUCGUUGAACAUACCCUCGAUGCCAUGGCCAGCCACAAUAUCAAGCCUGUUGAAGACGAGCCCGAGUGGCAGGGCUUUUGGGACUUUGUCAAGGCGCUGCAGAAAGGCGAGGCCAUCAACCGUCGUCGCGGCCGCAAGCCCAAGACCCAGCGCGACCGAUCGCCCGAGCCCGCUGAUGUUCCCAAAACGCCCACAAAGAAGUCACGGACAUCGGCCACGCCAAGAAAGUCGCUUUCCAAGGUGCGGUCUCCCACGGGAUCUGGCUCGGCGCGAAAGAAGCGAGCCAGCGUCGCCUCGCCUGCCGCAACGCCCUCGCGCAGAUCAGGCCGCGCAGUACCUCGGCGAGUGUACGCCGAGGACUCGGACGAAGAAUCUCAACCGGAGCCCGAUCCCGAAUCCGACGAGGCCUCGUUGAACAGCGGCGACGAGGGACCUCUUGCCGGGUCGCAAAAGCCAGCGCGCCGGCCUCGCCCAACCCCGGCUCGUUCUCGGGCGUCGGCACACACGGCCGAGGCCCAAGUUUCAUCGGUAGAAUCCCCGCGACGGGCACAGCGGCACGGCCAGCCGGCCGAUACCGAUAGUGGCGACGAGCCCAUCCACAUCCCUCAGUCGCCUCCGGCAACCCAGAGCGGCCUCCGUCUGGCGACAACCCCAGGAAUCCACCACUCCUCCCAGAAGCGCAGCCUCCGAGGAAACACCCAGGCAGUCGAGGACAGCGACGACGACGACGAUGUCGUUGCCAGCACUCCUCCGCUGAACGCUCGAUCGCGAGCCAAGCGAAUCAAGCGAUGAGAAGCCAGCCUCAGGCCGAUUUCUGGCGAGCCCCAGGCUCAUCCGUGUGAUAAACCAGCGUAUCAUCGAUCUCCUGCCAUCAGUGCACAUCUGCCAAUACAACAUGCUCUGCCCACAUGAUCUAGACGACCGGGAGGGCGGCAAUGGUCGUGCAUCGUCCUACAA